CGGCAGCACCCGCUCGCUUCCUCCCCCACCCCUUUGACCGUCACGCCCGUCGUCGAUCGGGACGCACCAGCUCCGCCGCGCUCGCUCGCCCGUGGCCGGCCGGGCGGCGAUGGAUCCCGUGGCGGCGGCGCACGGCGGCGGCCACCACUUCGCGCCGCCAGUGGCGCCGUUCCACCACGCGUUCGGCGGCGGCCACCACCUGUUCCCGGGACAGCAGCACCCGGCGUUCCAGCAUUUCCAGGAGCACCAGCUGGAGCUCAUGGGCGGGGUCCCCGCCGGCGCGAAGCAGGAGCUCGGCGACGACAGCAACAACACCAUCAACAGCGCGGGGAGCAACGGGAGCGGCGACGGCGACCAGCAGCAGCAGCAGCAGCAGGCCGGGGGCGACGUCGACAACCACCACCAGCACCACCACCACCAGCAGGCCGCGGUGAUGCGCCGCCCGCGGGGUCGCCCCGCGGGGUCCAAGAACAAGCCGAAGCCGCCCGUGAUCAUCACGCGGGACAGCGCCAGCGCGCUGCGCGCGCACGUGCUGGAGGUGGCCGCCGGCUGCGACGUGGUGGACAGCGUGGCCGGCUUCGCGCGGCGCCGCCAGGUGGGCGUGUGCGUGCUCAGCGGCGCCGGCAGCGUGGCCAACGUGUGCGUCCGCCAGCCCGGCGCCGGCGCCGGGGCCGUCACGCUGCCGGGCCGCUUCGAGAUCCUCUCCCUCUGCGGCUCCUUCCUCCCGCCGCCGGCGCCGCCCGCCGCCACGGGCCUCACCGUCUACCUCUCCGGCGGGCAGGGCCAGGUGGUGGGCGGGUCCGUGGCCGGGCCGCUCCUCGCGUCCGGCCCCGUCGUCAUCGUCGCCGCCUGCUUCGGCAACGCCGCCUACGAGCGCCUCCCGCUCGACGACGACGACCUGCCGCAGCAGCAGCAGCACCUGCCCCCUCCUCCUCCUAUUCCGCAGGGCAUGCCCGGAGCUGCCGGCGCCGGCGGGCAGUCCUCGUCCCCGCCGCCCCCGCCGCUGCCAUUGCCCGGACAACACCCGCUCGCCGACCAGCUCCCCCACGGCCUCAUCAACGGCCUCCCUCUCCCCGCUGACGCCUACGGCUGGGCCAACCCAGGAGGCGGCGCCGGCCGCGUCGCCCCGUACUGAUCGAUCGAAUCCGUCGCCGUACCGGACUCGGUCGAUCCGGACAUGGAAGGGGAACCAACGCUUGCUGCUUCAUCGCCAUCGGCGGAUCGACGACGACAAGUAACGAUGCAGCUGCUGCUAAGACUCAAUCCCUCCUCCUUCCCCUUUCGCUUGCCUUCUUCUUCUUCCCCUUCUACUUGCUGCUGUGGCGUGUAUCGACGAAUUCUCAUGUCAUGGAUCGAUGCUUAAUUAGUCAUAGACACCCCCGGCUCGUACCGUAGCAGUGUAAUUUAAUUUCCCUUCCCCCUAGUAGCUCGCAGUGUGCUUGGAACUGCAUGUCAGUCUGCUGCUAAAUUUCCUUUUACUCUAAUUUCAC